CAGACGCGGGAACCGAAAUUUUACAAAAAAAAUUAUAAUCUGUGCGCAGUGCGAACUGCGAAACCAAGGAAACUUAAAUUUUACGGCCGAUAAGGAUAUGGAAUCUACAACAUCAGUGUCUAAGGGUGUGUUUUUAUUCCCAAAUGGUUACAAUAAUGGAAAGAAGUCCAAGAAAAAGUCGUUGUCAAUAUUUGAAUCAACGUUUUCUAAUGAACAGUGGUAUAGGACAUUUAAAAUGAAUUGGGAUGAAGUCGAAGACCAGCUAAGGAUACUCCAUGAAAUGACCCACAGUGUGCUCUUAAAUGAUAUAGUAAGUUACUUAAAAAUCUCACAACAGGGCUGUGAACUAAACAGUUGUGAUAAAAUAAUACCAUGUAUCACAUUAUUAACUGGUGUGAACCAACCUGAUCAUGUUGAUCAGUUUAAAUCUCUUAUAGGACUUAUAAGGGAAGACGUGAGUCCUCAUGUCGCUAUGGUAAAUUCACAAGAUGCACCAACAUUGAAACACUUAGUAGAAAAUACAGUUUGGCAGCUUAUUAAUGAUGAUAAUUUAGUGGGUGACUUAGAAGACAGCUUAGAUGAAUCAAGUAAGCCUAAAUUAAAGAAAAGUCGUUGUACCAUGAAGACUUUACAGAGUUGGUACAAUGAUAAUCUUGUGAAAUCUCCAAAGAAAAGGAAAAAGUCACAAUUGCCUCUAGUUGUUAUAAUACCGGACUUUGAAAGCUUCAAUUGUAAUGUUCUACAGGAUUUUGUUAUGAUAAUAAGUUCUUAUAUUUCAACUUUGCCGGUAGUACUUAUUUUUGGUGUGGCAACAUCUGUCUCUGCGUUGCAUAAAUCUUUUCCUUACCAAGUUUCAUCAAAGCUUCUUAUAAAAGUAUUUCAUUCACAGCCCUCUCAUGUAUAUAUGAAUCAAGUUUUGGAAAAUAUAUUCCUAACACAUUCAAGUCCAUUUCACUUAUCGGGAAAAGCGUUUGAGCUGUUGACGGAUGUUUUUCUCUUCUACGAUUUUUCUGUUACUGGAAUUAUUCAAAGUAUUAAGUACUGUAUGAUGGACUUCUUCUAUGCUGAUAAUAUUAAAUCAUUAUGCGGUGAUCGAGAGAAAUUAAACGCUAGGAUCUCAAAAUUAACAUCAGAUGAUCUGGAAAAUAUAAGACGUCUUCUAUCCUUCAGGCCAUUUCUAGAAGUACAGGAUUGUCAAACGAAGAUCGGUCUUUUUGAAGACGACAAUUUCUUCAAAGAGGUCCUACAAGAGGAACUGCACAAAUUGCAUGAUUAUUUGUUUAGUUUUUAUCUGUCUUUAAGAUUGUUAGCUGUGUUUGUUAAGGAUUUGCCGAAAAACGUCAUGGGGAAGUCGGUCAGAGAAAUAUACGCAAAAUGCGCAACAGAGCACAUAGUUAAAACAGAAGCUUUCAAGGAAAGCAUGCAAUUGAUAAACUUUCAGUCCAAAGUUCAAUUGCUUGAGACAAUUCAAAGUGCAAUUAAAGUCGUGAAUAACGCCCUACAAAGCACUUCCCCCGGACCUUUACGAUCUCCAACGAAAAAUAUGUUGAACAAAUCAAUUAAUAGCUUGGGAGAGGAGUUUGUUAAGAACAUUAAAAUACAUUUUGUGAUAUUUCGGCGGCAAAUCGAAAAUGCUAGUACUGAGGUGACGGUUCAAGAGGAGGACGAUGAUGAUUUCGAUUUGAGAGGAAGCCGACACAAAUUGAAAGAGAAACUCCUAAAAGCAACGAGGGUCGAUAGAAUCCAAUCAGAGUUUAUGAUGAUUCGAUCCCGUUUCGUGAAUUAUUUGGAGGAGAUAUUUGAGAAGUCCUUACUCCCGCCUCACACGCAGACAUUUCACGAGAUCCUGUUCUUCACUGAGGUGUCGAAUGUCAAGAAGCAGAUCGUUGGAGCUCCGCGAGGCGCCUUGCACGUUGCGCUUAGCAAUCCACAGUGUUAUUUACAGUGUAAAUGCUGCACGCUGCCGUCUCUGGAGAGCGUGUCGGAUACAAUCCCGGAUGUGAGUCUGGCUUAUAAGCUUCACCGCGAGUGCGGGAAGCACAUCAACCUAUACGACUGGCUCCAGGCUUUCGCCGCAAUCCUGUGCCCUGACAGCGAAGAUCCCGCACACGACCCCAAUAUUCAAGUGAGAUUCACCCGGGCGGUGGCUGAAUUACAGUUUCUUGGGUUCAUAAAAACCUCAAAAAGGAAGACCGAUCAUGUUAUGAGACUGACUUGGUGAUAUUGUAUUGAAUAAAGUGUUCGUGGGUUUUGCAUUCA